GUUGUGUUGUUAGCAGUUGUAUUGCAUUUUGUUUUUCUACAAAACAGGUUGUUAUUGCUUUCCGAAAUGUCUGUUGUUUUUGUUUAGGAGAAUGGUAUUAGAUUCCAGUGGCAGGGAUUGUCUUAUCCAAAUCUUACUUGUGCUGAGUUCCUAUUUAAAUUGUCCUGUGGGAAAUAAGUGUACAUUAUUAAAAGCCUUUUUAUGCUUCUUUUUUGUCUGACUCUCAUAUCAAAAUAAAAGAGAAAAUGAAAGUGUUUGUAGCUAAAUGAAUAGUAUGUCUGAUCAACUAAGGAAAUUAGAAUCUCAAAAAUUUUAUAGAUUACUGGUGUACCAUUAAUCACUUAAAUCAUGAUCACUUGUAUGGUAGUGUUUGAUUAUUGCUGUGCAAUCUAUCUUAAGCUGUUUUCAUGUCAGUUUUUGUUUGUGUUUUUUUUUUUUCUAAAUGGCCAGAUAAAAAACAAAAACAAAUCUACAUUUAUUCAUCAUAAAUAGUUUUUGAAGAAAUGGGUUAAACAAAUAUCAAGUAAACACAUUGCUCUCUUAUCUCUGCUUGUACUUUUACAAGUUACUGUGCUCUUUUCAUUAUGCUUGCCUUUUGUUGAAGGAAACAUUUUUUUUUAUAGCAUUCUAUUUUUCCUGAGCUCAAUUGAUUAGUUUUACUGAGAGUUUCCAAUGGCUGACUCAGUAUAUGAGGAUUUCUCAGACAGAUUAAGUGAAGUCAAUGGAUUGACUUCUCAGGUGUGUCGCAUUGAAACAGACACCUUUGGGGAGAUAGAAGUGCCUGCUGAUAAAUAUUAUGGUGCUAAUACAGCAAGGUCCCUCAUUAACUUUAACAUUGGAGGACCUUCUGAAAAAAUGCCAACUUCUGUUAUCAAAGCAUUUGGCAUUCUGAAAAGGUGUGCUGCUAUUGUGAAUAAAGACUAUGGUUUAGAUAAAAGUAUAGCUGAUCUCAUAGUAAAAGCUUCUGAUGAGGUUAUUGCUGGUAAGCUAGAUGUGCAUUUUCCAUUGUCAAUAUGGCAGACGGGUUCUGGAACUCAGACUAACAUGAAUGUUAAUGAGGUCAUCAGCAACCGAGCAAUUGAAAUGACUGGUGGGCUGAAGGGUUCAAAGCAACCUGUUCACCCUAAUGACCAUGUGAACAAAUCACAGAGUUCCAAUGAUGCUUUCCCUACUGCCAUGCACAUAGCUGUAGCCAUGGAGAUAAACAAAACACUUUUUCCAGCCUUGGAUUUUCUGACUGAUGCUCUAUCUAAAAAAGUGAAAGAGUUUCAGAAUAUUAUCAAGAUUGGCAGGACUCACCUGCAGGAUGCCACUCCAUUAACUUUGGGACAAGAGUUUAGUGCCUAUUUACAGCAAGUCAAGUAUGGAAAGGAAAGAAUACUUGCAACCUUCCCAAGGUUGUUGGAGCUUGCCAUUGGUGGGACAGCUGUUGGUACUGGACUCAAUGCUGGUAAAGGCUUUGCUGAGAAAACAGCUGCACAGAUAGCAGAGUACGCCAAAAUUCCUUUUGUUUCUGCGACCAACAAGUUUGAAUCUCUGGCUGCCCAUGAUGCUCUUGUUGAAGUACACGGUGCAUUAAAUGUUCUUGCCUGCAGCUUGAUGAAAAUAGGCAAUGACAUCAGACUUCUUGGAUCAGGGCCCAGGUGUGGUCUUGGAGAGUUGAACUUACCAGAGAAUGAACCUGGAAGCAGUAUCAUGCCAGGUAAAGUUAACCCAACACAGUGUGAAGCCUUGACCAUGGUUGCAGCCCAGGUGAUGGGUAACCAGACUGCUGUUUCCAUUGGAGGCAGCAUGGGUCAUUUUGAGUUAAACGUUUUCAAACCCUUGAUAGUCAGUAAUGUGCUCAGGUCUAUACGUCUCCUUGCUGAUGCCUGCACAUCUUUCACUAAAUACUGUGUGCUGGGAAUUGUGGCGAAUAAGGACAGAAUAAAUCAACUCCGAGAUGAAUCCCUGAUGCUGGUCACAGCAUUAAACCCGUAUAUCGGCUAUGAUAAUGCCGCUAAAAUUGCCAAGAAGGCUCAUGCCGAGGGUACAAGUUUAAAGUCUGCUGCUCUUUCGCUUGGCCUCGUGACGGAAGCUAAUUUUGACAAGUGGGUGAGACCUGAGAAAAUGUUAGGCCCAUGAAGCUUUACUUUUUAGCAGACUUGUUGAUGAACUGUUGCCAUCCUUAAGCAUUUCAGCUUUGGGCAUUACAUUUGAGUGACAUUUUUGUGUUGUAUUUUUAAUGAGUUCAAUUCUAAAUGCACAAUUUUUGAAAUGUUUGAAUAGCCUCUGGAUGCUAUAUACAAUUUUUUUUUUUUUUACUAUAUAAUUUUGAUUGUUCGGUCUAUCUCUGCAAGAACAUUUGAUUACUCCAAUUUGGUUUCCUCAGAAGUUCCAAUUAAUGAUAUUUUCCCUUUAUCUCCUGUAUUCUUGUAUAUGGGAUUCAACCCAGACCUUACAGUGCCACAACUCUAAAGUGCACUAUAGUUAUUACAUCCCUCAGAAAUCACUGCGGUCCAUGAACUUAAACAUUUUCAUUCAGAACUUACUGCCUGAGGAAUUUUUCAGUAAAUAGAUUGAAGUUUUGUAACUCACCCCCUUUUUAAGCUCAGUAAUCCCAGAUGCUCCAUUAUAACUAAGAAUGUUGAGACCUAUCUGUGCAAAGAUUAUAUUAAUUAGUUUACUCAUUUACCUCUGUUUUUAUGAUUAAAGCCUAGCUCUUAUAAAUUUAAUUAUUAUUUCUACUUUUAAUUUUGACAUCAUUAAUAUAUUUUUCAAAACCCAUAGCUACCAAAAAAUAAUUGGCUCAUGGAUGUUCAACUCAAUUUGAUAACGGCUUGUUUAACAUGUUUUAGGCUAUCAGUAAAUAUUUGAUUGUAGUCCCUAUAAGUUAGUAGCUAAUGUUUUUAGAUCUAACGCACAGCAUUGUUUCAGGGUUAAGAAUUUUUUUUGAUUCCUGGUUGUUGCAUUUAUUACCAUCAUUUUGUUAUCUCUUCUUUCACAUUCCUUGAUCUAUGAUGAAUUUAUUUAUGGUAUACAUGAAGCUCUACACUACUAGCCUUGAUAUAUUGAUACUGUUAUGACAAUGUCUUUGGUUUAGUGAUGUGAAGACUUUAUAUGAGACCUGUAGCAUGCUUCCUCAGUAUCUGCAUACAACAUUUUCUAUACAAGUUGUGCAUAUUUGUUUAGCAGUGAAAGUAAUAAAGUUCUCCUUUCAAACCUUGCAAUCUCUAGGAAUGUCCAUCUGUUUACUAUGACUGAAAGUUUCAUCUGACCAACACAACAUUCAAUCACUUUAACAUAAGUAGACUUACCAAAAAUAUUUCUGAGAUUGAAAAUGUAUUUUUUUUUAAAUUUAUAUUUCUGCAGAUGGCAUUGUCAAAGAAUAGUUAUUCUAAAUAUGUUUAUAUAAAUCUGAACACAUCUAACAAGGAGAUAUUUAAGAACUCUUUUUACUAUUUAAUGAACAUUUGUCCAAACAAUAAUACAUCUUGUGGAGUAUAUUGGAGCAGAGAGAUGUCUUUCAACAUCUUCUUUGAGAUCAGUUGUUACAACAGCAGAGUGACCUUUUUUUUUUCAGCUGUUCAAUGAUGUAGGGUACAUUGGUACAUGAUAUUAACCAAAAAAAACAAAAAAAACUAAUGAUGAAACAGACUGAAGUCCUGUUGAAUCUUAGUUCUAGGGCUUUUUUUUUUUUAAGCUGCAAGUAUUUAUGUUCUUGAUUUUUUUUUAAAAUUAUUCUUAGGCUAAAGUCAAUGUAUCUGGCUAGCUAGGUUAAAGGCAAGAGGUGAACAUUUUCUGAGAAUAAUUUAGAUUUAUUUCCUUUCCAUCUUUAACUGGGGGACACUCUGUUUCUUUUAUUUGAUACAGCACUCCUUUAAUGUAAGCCUGUCCAGGAUUAGAUUAGCUGUGACAUGUAGAGAUCGCUAAAUCCAAACUAACCUACUCAGCUAUUUGGCCCUAUCUUCACCCCAUGGUUGCUGCAGCUGCUUCCCAUAAUUCUCUUAAACCCUUGAUUCCAGUGUAGAAUUGAACGACUUUGAACUUUCUGACCUUUUUUGCUAGUGUCAGUUGAAGAUUAAAUAUCUCAAUUGUAGAGCACAUCUAGGAUAGCUAGGGAAUUGGAAAUCAAGUAAUGCAGUGUUCCUAGUGUGUAUAACUCACAUUGUAUUUGAAAUCUUUUUUUUUCUUAUAUUGUAUGAAACCUUGUCUUUGAACAGCUUGGUGUCCAUAAAAUGUUGGAUGCAAGAUUAGCUUAAUAUUUUUUUUUUUAUCAUUCAAAGAAACUAAAACAUGAGUUGCAUCCCCUGAAUUAUAUGAAACAAAAUAAACAGAGAAGAAUGUUUUAUGUUAAUCAACCUAGAACUCAGUAUACACAUCUACUCCAGAAGUGUAUUUCAUUUAGUGUAUCAGACACCAGCACUAUGUAGAAUGUAUGUGCUUGUUGGAUGGCCUUACUUCCCUUUAUGUUUGAAAUAUGUUCUUUGAUAGAACAGUGUGUUUAGCUGCAUACCAGAGACAAUGUGCUAGUGCUCUACAGUUGGUGCAUUGGCCUGUCCUAUUGCCUUCUCAAGUAGAUCUAAGGCUAGGAUAAGUUUGUUUCAAUGGUAACUCUAGACAGGCACAACUUGAACAUCAACUGGAACCACAUUCAGAGCUUGCUAGAGAUUUGAUGACCACCAAAUGCCUACUUUGAUUUUUACAUUUUUUUUUUUUCGAAUGCAUAAUUGACUGUGUUUGUUGACUAUACCCGGUAGGCCUAUAUAUCUUUUUAUUGAGAUGAUUUGUUGUUUGGGGUGUGAAACUUGUUGAUAUUAAUUAUGAAAUUAAAGGAAAAUAUUUUAAAUCAA